AUGUUCUUUUCGUCAAGAAAGUACGGAUCCUUAUCCGGGAAUGAACUUCAGAUGAGUAUAAAUCAACUAUCUACAAUCUAUCUGCCAAUGAAUUUGGAUAAAAAAUUCCAUCGCAGUAAAGUGGCAGCUAUUAAAAAACUGCAUUUUAUACUAGACAAUUGUAAUAGAAAAGUUCUCCAGGAACUUGAUUUUGAGCAUCUUCUCCUAUGCGCUUUAACGUUGGUGUACUACUUCGGUAUGCGAAUCAAACUGAGUAGGCUGACAUCCAAGGCGUGGUUCUGGUGUGGCAGGCGACUGUUCCAUAAGGCAGAAACAGGAUUCCAAUCAACUAUGGACAAGUUAUUACCCGAAUGUAGCGAAGUAACUAUAAAAAUUACUCUCAGGUUCUUUACGGACGUUUCGCUUUGGUCUUUCGAGAGUUUCGUUGAGCAAAUUCUUGAAGUACUUCUGUUUUUCGAUCGAGGGAAGACGACGUUAUUCAACUUGAUGCUAACCGAUAUUCACUACGUUCUGUACACUGACGUAAAGACAGUUACGAGGCACCGCAUGCGAGUAUUUUACAAUCUAUUAAAAAGUUCUAAUUGGGUAAUCGACAACAGAAAACUGCUACCGUUCGUAACUCGGCUUUUAGAUUUUUUCGCCUACAGCAUAUCCAAAGACGAUGGAAAAACCUCACCUUACAGAUAUCUAAGAAAAGGCUUCGAAGUUUGUUUGCGUCGUAUAUUUGAGAGAGUCGAAAACCAGCAUCGAAUGUUAAUCAUCACAACGAUGCUCAAUUGGUUCUCAAUGGUAACUAUGAAUCAAGAGGAUAUUUUAGAGUUUUCCACAUUACUGGAUCAUGCUGCAGAGUUUUAUGAAGUGUAUUCUUACAAAGACAGUUUUGGAGAAGGACUUAUUGAACACGUACUUGUUAACUUAGUGGGCUCGUCUAACGCUACCAAUAGCCUGGUCGGUAGCAGGUUGCUACUUAAAUUUAUAGAUCGAGAGAAAAAUUCACAAUAUCUCAUAGUUCCCACGUUAUUUUAUGAAUUUUCACAGGUAAAAGUUCGAACAGGAGAGUAUAACCUCAAAGACAAAAUUUUCAUGCGGCAUCACAGAGAGAAGCUGACCACUUACCUCCUGAAAGCGGUCGUGAACCAUGGCACGAAUAUUGUCAACUUGAAAACCAUUUAUACUAUCGUAUGUUGUAUGGUGUUAGAGGUGCCAUGUGGGUUGACGGCCGCUGCCGCCGCCUGCAUCGUCAUGACCAUCCAAGACCAUGCUUUGAACGGAGAGAACAUUCCAGCGCCCUGCAGGUACUGGCUUCAUGCUGUCGUCGUGUCAGUCAUGUCUUUGAUAUGUUGGGUACACAAAGCCCCCGUACUGUAUACCUAUGUGAACCACAUAGUGGCGCGGCGGGCCAGGGAAGCUCCCCAACUAAACCCGCCGCUGAUGUAUUUCUACAAGAUUGGCAGGCAUCACGUCACUUGGAAUAAACCUACCCUAUUCUUCGAAGAUUGGGAGUUACGCUAUGCUCUUUGGAAACAUUUCCAAAACACUCAGCAAGCGAAUAAGGAGAAAGACAUGAUUAGUAAGAAAGUACCUACGUUGGAUUUGCGAACUUAA